ACUGCUCCCUUCCUUCCUCCCGUCCCAGUCGGCCGCCUUCCUCCCCUUCCCCGGCCGGCCUCCCCUUCUUCCCCGCAGACCAUUCCUGCGGGCUAAUAUGGUCUCCGGAGAUGGACGAGCCAAGCGCAGGAUACACCUUUGAGUACCUUAUUGAAGCAUUGAAUGACAGUUCAGGCAAGAAGUUCUUCAAUGUACCUAAACUGGGAGGCCCCAAGUAUGAUGUCCUGCCUUACUCAAUACGGGUCCUGCUGGAGGCUGCUGUGAGAAAUUGCGACGGCUUUUUAGUGAGGAAGGAAGAUGUCCUGAACAUCUUAGACUGGGGAAGCAAGCAGAGCCAUGUGGAAGUGCCCUUCUUCCCCGCCCGCGUCCUCCUUCAAGACUUCACCGGGAUACCGGCGAUGGUGGAUUUCGCUGCCAUGCGGGAGGCGGUGAAGGCUCUUGGAGGAGACCCUAAGAAAGUCCACCCCGCCUGUCCGACAGACCUCGUGGUCGACCAUCCUCUACAAGUGGACUUCAGUAAAUGUGCCAUACAGAACGCUCCAAACCCCGGAGGCGGCGACCCGCAGAGGGCAGGGAAGCCCUCCCCGCUCAGAGCGCAGCCCCGGAAGCCGCCCUGCCGGGGCCCGAGCGCCUGCCGGGGCCCCUGCGAUGCCGGGGAGCUGGGCCGCGGCUCGGGGAGGCCGCCCGCGCAGAUCGAGAACACGCCGGUCCUGUGCCCUUUCCACCUGCAGCCCGUGCCUGAACCUGAAACAGUAUUAAAAAAUCAAGAAGUAGAAUUUGGCAGAAAUCGAGAGAGGCUUCAAUUUUUCAAGUGGAGUUCCCGAGUGUUCCGGAACGUGGCCCUGGUCCCCCCCGGCACGGGGAUGCCUCACCAGGUCAACCUGGAGUACUUGUCGAGAGUGGUGUGCGAGGAGCAGGAGCUGCUCUUCCCCGACAGCGUGCUGGGCACAGACUCGCACAUGACCAUGGCCAACGGGCUGGGGGUCCUGGGCUGGGGCGUCGGCGGCAUCGAGACAGAAGCGGUCAUGCUUGGGCUGCCCGCCUCUCUGACUUUGCCGGAGGUGGUUGGGUGUGAGUUGACGGGCUCCUCGAACCUUCUUGUCACAUCCAUAGACGUUGUCCUUGGCAUCACGAAGCACCUCCGGCAGGUGGGAGUGGCUGGCAAGUUUGUUGAGUUUUUUGGCAGUGGAGUGUCCCAGCUGUCGAUAGCGGAUCGAAUGACAAUAGCGAACAUGUGUCCAGAAUAUGGUGCUCUCCUCAGCUUUUUCCCCGUUGACAAUGUGACGUUAAAACAUUUAGAACAUACAGGUUUUGACAAAGCCAAACUCGAAUCAAUGGAAACAUACCUUAAAGCUGUGAAAUUAUUUCGAAAUGACCAGAAUACUUUAGGAGAACCCGAAUACUCGCAGGUGAUACAAAUUAACCUGAACUCCAUCGUUGCAUCCGUCAGCGGCCCAAAGAGGCCGCAGGACAGAGUGGCUGUGAUGGAGGUGAAGAGUGACUUCCGAGCUUGCCUGCGCGAGAAGGUUGGAUUCAGAGGCUUCCAGGUGGCAGCUGAAAGGCAGAACGACACGGUUCCCCUUCACUACGAAGGCAGCGACUAUCAGCUGUCGCACGGGUCGGUGGUCGUCGCGGCCGUCACCAGCUGCACCAACAACUGCAACCCGUCCGUCAUGCUCGCGGCAGGCCUUUUGGCUAAAAAAGCUGUGGAAGCUGGUCUGCGUGUGAAGCCGUAUAUAAGGACAAGUUUGUCGCCAGGCAGUGGGAUGGUGACGCACUACCUCAGUUCGAGCGGAGUGUUGCCGUACCUGAGCAAGCUCGGAUUUGAAGUAGUUGGCUAUGGCUGUUCCACGUGUGUGGGAAAUACAGCGCCCUUAUCGGAAGCAGUUCUGAAUGCCGUGAAACAGGGUGACCUGGUCGCCUGUGGAGUGUUAUCUGGAAACAGGAACUUCGAAGGUCGUCUUUGUGACUGUGUCCGUGCCAACUACCUUGCCUCGCCGCCCCUGGUGGUCGCCUUCGCCAUAGCAGGCACUGUGGACAUUGACUUCCAGGCGGAGCCUCUAGGUACAGACCCCACCGGCAAGAACAUUUAUCUGCAUGAUAUUUGGCCUAGUCGAGAAGAGGUUCAUCAGAUAGAGGAAGAACUUGUUAUAUUAUCCAUGUUUAAAGCGUUAAAAGAGAAAAUAGAGGCGGGAGAUACGCGGUGGAAUUCCUUAGAAGCCCCAGAUUCAGUGUUGUUUCCGUGGGACUCCAAGUCCACCUAUAUCAGAUGCCCGUCGUUUUUUGACAAGCUUACCAAAGAGCCCGCGGCGCCGCGGCCGAUUGAGAACGCCCACGUCCUGCUGCACCUGGGCGACGCCGUCACCACCGACCACAUCUCCCCCGCGGGCAGCAUCUCCCGCAGCAGCGCUGCUGCAAAGUACCUGGCGAGCAGAGGCCUCACCCCUCGUGAAUUCAACUCUUACGGAGCCCGGAGAGGCAACGAUGCUGUGAUGACCAGAGGCACGUUUGCAAACAUCAAGCUUUUUAAUAAGUUCAUUGGAAAACCAGCUCCCAAAACCAUUCAUUUUCCGUCGGGACAGACGCUGGACGUGUUUGAGGCUGCAGAGCUGUACCAAAAGGAGCGCGUCCCGCUGAUCAUCUUAGCGGGAAAGAAAUACGGUUCCGGGAGCUCCAGAGACUGGGCUGCCAAAGGACCCUACUUGCUGGGUGUGAAAGCUGUUCUGGCCGAAAGUUAUGAAAAAAUCCACAAAGAUCACUUGAUUGGAAUUGGCAUCGCUCCCCUUCAGUUCCUCCCGGGAGAAAAUGCGGAUUCCUUGGGCCUCUCUGGCAGAGAAACGUUCUCCUUAACGUUCCCGGAAGAGCUCUCUCCUGGUGUGACGUUAAACGUGAAGACAAGCACUGGAAAAACGUUCAGCGUGAUCGCUUCAUUUGAAAAUGAUGUGGAAAUCACAUUGUACAAACAUGGAGGAUUGUUAAACUUUGUGGCACGAAAAUUCUCCUAGUAUCCAGUCGCCGCGGACACCUUUCCGGACUGGUGACGGCACACCGGGCCUUCUGUGCCGGGCCCAGGGGUCCCCCCCACGGAGCUGCAGGCAGGCCCGGCCGCUCAUUCAUCUCGCCCGUGGAUGACAUCAAUUAUGAAUCCCUUUGUGACAGAAAUGAAAUCUUGAUUUUCAAUAAUAUAUGAAUGGUGCUAUUGACACUGCUAAAACCAACGUGUGAAGUGUGUUGUGGAAGAGACUGGUAACUAUGAGGGGCGCUUUCUCGACCGUUUGUACAUAAAGGCAGAGUUGGAGCGUGCGUUGAAGAUUCUUAUGUGAGUGACCUUCCUGAAGUUGUUUGUUUAGUUCUGCCUCCACAAAACUGCAUACAGCUGCUUGUUGGUUUGAGAGUAGGAAGUUACAACUGAAGAGGCCAGAUUAGACUCUGAAAUGGUGGAAGCGGGAGUCUGAGUUACAGGCGGGCUUGCACGGGUAUUCGUUCCGUCUCAGAAUCGUGCUGUUUGUAGGUGGCUUUCUUAGUCUGUGACAUGACCUGGGGUUACCCUCAGCCUCCGUCUCACUGCCAGGGAUGGACCCUGCCCCAGGCACAGGCACUGCCCAGGGCGGCCGGGUCUCCCCGACGCGGGACCCAGGGCCCGGCAGGGUGGCACUGGCAGCGUCGCGCCGGCAGCCUCGCGCCCGCCGUGGGGCCUGCACGCCCCCCACCCCCUGCCCCGCCCCGCCCCCGGCAGCUCAGUCUCUUGCUGUGGAGGCCUCAGCUGGCGUCACCUUAAUUGGAUUAGAUUCUUUUGCUCACUUUAUGUGGUCCUGUCACUUGCUAUGACCUAAUGUCCUAGGUCAUGUUAACCAAAACCUCGGCAUUCGGAGCUGCAGAUGGAAAACCAGGGGGUGAGGGCGCUGAGGCCUUGCGCAAGCCGGUCACACGGUCUUUCCCCAGCGUCUGCAGAUCCACGUUUAGACAGAUGGGCUAGAGUUGCACAAAUAAUUUCCCUUUAUUUAAAUUGUGUACAAAUAUUUUCUGUGGUACUUUCGAAUCAAAUUGUGUUCCUGAUAUUUUAUUACUCUGUGUAUUUGUCAGUGCAUGUGUUUUUAAUUUACAUGAAAACAUGAGUUAUGGAUGGAGAAUUUCCAAAUUGAAUAUUGGGAUGUGCUUUGAAGAAAUGAUAUUUCCAGGGCGGGGGGGGGCAUCUGAAUUAUUUUUAAGCAUAGCAUACUAUAUAGCCUGUGGGCAGAGGCAUGGGCGUCCUCAAAAAAACACUUGUCCAGGAGUCGGAGGGGAUAAACUAGCUAUGAAUUAAACACUUAAAUUUCCGGUCAGCCUAGUACGAGCAAGCCUUGUACUUCACGAACCGAACCGAGGGUCUCUUCCCUGUUGCGCAUGUACAGUGAACCGAAAGCUUGGUCAGCGUGCGCAUCGGCUGGGGAGGGGCCCAGGGCGCACACCUGCCUCUGGCCAUGUGCUGUGUCUGCAGAGAUGUGGCAUCUCUUGGGUUUUGUUGUUUUACGUACCUCCUUUGUUAGCUGUACCUGGGUAACGUUGUGUUUAAAAAACAACACAUACUGUGGAAAGGAAGUGCAAUGGCUCCAUAAGAAAACCACAUUAGUGUUGUCAGGUUAAAGCACAUUGUGCUGCGCGCCGUUGCCAUAUUUCCUGCUUUUGGGUUUGUCACUUCCAUAGAAUGAACAGAGCAAACAUGGCGCCCAGCCACCAGGUUGCUGUUGUUUUACCUGAAGUUUCCAGGCUGACACUCGUCGUCAUUUCUUGCUUUAUGUCCGGAUGUCCGAAGCGAUGUCUGAAUGAGGGGUAGCGAAUCCCUGCAGCCCGAUGGCUCGGUUGUCCCCUGGUGAGCAGACAGCACUGGCACUGAAGGGGGAGCAUCCAGCUAGGACCCGAAUCCGUCACAGUCACUCACGUACACGGUGGCAGUGUCGUGUCCCUCCUCCGCUGCGGUGAGGGGCCGGGGCGGGGAGUGCGAAAUGAACCGACGCCUCCCUGUGGUCGAACUAGAGGACACCUCUGCUUUGCCUUCUGGUGCAGGAGGAGGUGGUUGGUUUGAUUGGGAGGAAUAAAGGUGGACGCGGGCUCGGGCGUGCUCAGUGGCCUUCUCCCCGUGUGACCGUGCCGGUACUCCUCUCCACGUUCCACGUAGCAGCGUGUCUGUGAAUCCUGUAUCUCACCUAACUGCGGUCAGUUAUUUAAAGCCAACAAAACAGUGUAACAGUUUUAAGUUCAAUAAUGUUAAGUAUUGUAUAGAAAUAUAUUGGAGGCAAAGUUCAGUUGAUGACAAUUGUGUAUAUGUUAUUGAUGCUGUAAAUUAUUUUUAAUAAAGAA